CGUGACCGGCGCGCGCCAAUGGCCCGGCGGUCUCCUGGGCGACGCGGAGGGUCUGCGCUCCCCCGCCGCCGCCGCCGCCGCCGCGCCCCCGCCCCGCGUCCGCACUGCAGAGAGCAGUGGCGAGCAGGCGCCGGCGCACUGGCCCACGUGCGGCGCGGGGAGAGCGAGAGGGAGCGGCAGAGCAAGCGAGGGAGAGCGGGGCUCAGGGCGGCCGACCCCGUCGCAGCUCCGCGCCGCCCCGUGCCUCUGUCGCUGCGACCUGGACCGGGAAGGACCCCCGCCCCGGGAGGAGGCUGUGGAGUUACCUGGGCCGUGCUCCCCGAGUCCUAGGUUCCCGCCCCAAUUCACUCCCUUCCCAGGGCCACCCUGGUCUGAGCCCGGAACGUUUCCUGCCCCUAGUAGCAGCCCCACACGGGCCGAGAUUGCAGGCCAUGGCGGUGACGAUGCUGCAGGACUGGUGCAGGUGGAUGGGCGUCAGCGCCCGCAAGGGCCUGCUUAUCCUGGGCAUCCCUGAGGACUGUGGUGAAGCCGAAUUCCAGGAGUCCCUGGAGGCCGCCCUGUGGCCUAUGGGCCACUUUACCGUCUUGGGCAAAGUGUUUCGAGAGGAGGAUAAUGCCACUGCAGCCCUGGUCGAGCUUGACCGGGAAGUCAACUAUGCUUUGGUCCCCAGGGAAAUCCCAGGCACCGGGGGGCCCUGGCCCGUGGUCUUUGUGCCACGUUGCUCAGGCGAGGAGUUCCUGGGUCGUGUGUUUCACUUCCUGGAGCAACAGGGCCAGACGGUGGAGAGUGUGGCGGGCGCCCUUGGCCUGGGGCUGCGCAGGGUGUGUUGGCUCCGCUCGGUCAGUCAGGCGGUCCAGCCCUGGGUGGAGACGGUGAGGUAUGAGCGCCUGGGCCUGUUUUCUGGGAGGGACCAGCCAGCCCCAGGGGAGGAGUCCUUUGAGGCCUGGCUAGACCACACCACCGACAUGCUGCACGUGUGGCAGGGGGUCUCAGAAAGGGAGAGGAGGAGGAGGCUGCUGGAAAGCUUGAGGGGGACGGCCCUGCAGCUUGUGCAUGGGCUCCUGGCAGAGAACCCUGCCAGGACAGCCCAGGACUGCCUGACGGCUUUGAUCCAGGUGUUUGGAGACAACGACUCCCAAGCGACCAUCAGGGUGAAGUGUUUGACUGCUCAGCAGCAGUCAGGCGAGCGCCUCUCAGCUUUCGUCUUGCGGCUGGAAGUCCUGUUGCAGAAAGCCAUCGAGAAGGGUGCCCUGGCCAGAGCAUCUGUCGACCACGUGCGCCUGAGGCAGGUGCUUACCAGGGCCAACCUUAUAGAGCCUCUGGAUGAAGCGCUGAGGAAGCUGAGAAUGGUGGGGAGGUCUCCAACAUUCCUGGAGAUGCUGGGGCUGGUUCGGGAGUCUGAGGCAUGGGAGGCCAGUCUAGCCCGGAGCGUGAGAGCCCAGGCGGGGGAAGUGGCCGGUGCCCAGGCUGAUGCCCAGGCUGUUGCCAGAGCUAACGCUAACGCAGAGGAUGAGAAGGUAGAGAAGGAGGAGGUGCAGGUGGAGGAGGAGGAGGAGGAGGAGGAGGUGGUGGAAGAAGAAGAGGACAACGAUGAUGAGAAUGGCCAUGACCCCGCUGCUGUAGGCCUCGAAGGCCUAGGUCAGGCAGGGCCCACUGAGGCCCCCGGGGGCCCCUCCCCAGCCCAGAUGGGCAGUGCAUCUGGGGCCAGCCCAGGGGGUCCUGGCUGGGUGCCUGAUAGCCGUGCCCAGGCAGCAGAGCAGGAGGCCGAGGAGCCCCCGCUGGAGGGGCUCAAACCCAUCCCGGAGGAGUCAGAAAACGAGGACGGGGCUGGGGACAUGAAUCCCCCCGAGUCCUCCUUGGGCAAAUAGGCUCAGAAGGCCCAGGGAGGGGGCCUCCUCUCCUGCCCUCUCAGGCAGCAGGGUCCUGGAGGCAGGGGGAAGGAGUCCACGGCCUCCACCCCACCCCACAUGGAGAGCAGGGCCCCGGGAAGGGCCCGCCCAGCCCAAACCAAGCCUCCCCACAGGCCCCAUCUCCCCCACGGGGCCCCAGCCACCACCCCCGGACCUUCCCAGUGACCCACAUAACCAUGUUUGCCACCCAGUGGGGAGGGGAGAGGUGCCCCUGCCAUGAUACCACCACACCUCGCCCCAGCCUCAAACCCUGCCAACUCGGGCAGCCGGCCUGAAAGCCCUUCUGCGGGGCCGGCUGUGGCCUGGGUGAGGGCACCCGAAGACAUCUGUUACCCAAGGUGGACUGGGAGGCCUUUGGGAGAGGCCAUCUCAGAAGUGCCGGCUGCCUGGGCCUUCUGAAGGGGGCCCCCAUUCACCAUCCCUGGGGCAGGCUGUGUGCCCUUUUCUGGGAAGCCCCCCCGCCCCCCUUAUCUGUGUAGGCCCCAUAGUGACCCAGGUGUCCAGCAUACACGGCCACCAGCCACCAUUCGUGUGCAAAGCUGCUGUGUGUGUGCUGGGCCUGGGGCACGUGCUGUGAGCUUCAGUGCCAGCCCAGGCUCUGCUCGCUGCAGUCCUGCAUCGUGAGCUCAGCCUCUGCUUCCUCAGUGUAGAUGUAGGCUGAUCGCUGCCCAUCCUUGCGCAGAUGUGUGUUCUUACCCGAGCAGCUCCACCCCGGAAACCCCCAGCACAGUCCCAGGAGGUGGCGGGAAUGUGCGUCCCCAUACAGCGGGGAGAAGAGCUGGACCAGAGACAAGAAGGGGGGCUUCGAGAGGCUCCCUAGGGACUGUGCCUUGGCGUCCCACCCCUGUCGUCCCUUGUGACUCAGUUUCCUCGACUUAGUGGGGUGUGUCCUGCUGUUAUUUCUGGUGUCCUGUGACUGUCCUGUGUGGGUCGUGGGGCAGGGCCACGCCCCAGUGGGUGGGCCAUGAGGGGCUUCCCUGAAGUGAGUGGCCGUUGCCAGGGUCCAGCGUCCUGGCAAGGGGCAGAUCGGGGGCUGGGGUGGCCCGGUUCCCGUGGCCUCUAGUGGCGGUUAGCAGUUGCUAUCUGUGUUGCUGUUCCCGUCUCUACAGUGGUUGCGCUAAAUGUUUCUCUUCAAUAAAUUGCAUUAAAUACUCCA